AUGAGGGUCCUUAUCCUUCUCUUAACCACUUUUCUUCUGCUCUACCAAGGUCCUCCAGUAAGAAGUGACCUCGAUGCAGACAGGAUAUGCGGCUACGGGACUUCUCGCUGCCGGAGGAAUUGUAAAAGACCAGAAUUCAGAACUGGAAAAUGCCCCAACACCUAUCCGUGCUGUUUGGAAAAGUGGACCGUCAACUCAUUGAAUCCAGUGAAAGACAGAAAUCCAGUGGAGCCUGGUCCCUAG